AAAUGGAGUUAAAUUAUUAUCACUAUGUGAUAUUGUGAUAGCAUCAUUGUUCCAUGGUAGCAUUAUUAUAAUCUGUGGUAGUAGCAUCACACAACGUGGUAAUAGUAGGCCAAAUUCAAAAUAUAUCAUCAGUUCUGUUAUCAAUUAUUGAAAACUGAUUCGGGAAUUCCGGAUAUUCAUUAUUUCAUUCAGAAUUCACUACUCACCAAUAUUUCGUUCUUUGUUGUUUCAUUUUGUUUUGAAGUCUUUUCAUCUUUUGACAUUUGUGUAUACUGUAUUCUAAUUUCUAGAAUUCUAGAUCCGGUUGACAGAAUAGUUUUUGUAAAACUAAUGACAAUCUACUUCAAUCACUACCUAUCGAUCAAAUCACUAUAUUAGAAUGAGCGAAAUUUCGAUUUAUUUACCAAACUAUAAGUUUUCAUAAAAAUAUAAGAUUCUAAUUAUAAAAAAAUACACCAAGCUGUAUUGAAUAUCAUUAAAAAAAACCAAUUACCAAAGGUGAAAGGUAUACUUAUCUAUGAUAAAAACUAUCGCACAAUUGCAGUCUACAUAAAUACAACUAUGGAUAACAUUAAAAAUAUUAUCGAAUCAUCUCGAGUUCCGAUUAUUUUCCAUGAUAUGUUAGAUGAUUGGGAACUGUUUAAAUGGAAUUUAGACAAAUGGAACAAUAUAUUUCAACACCAGUCAUUAGACUGUAGAAAAGGAAAAAUUACGUGUACUAAAGAACCUUUAUGGGAAAGUAAAUGCUUGCAUGAAAGUCAUUCGUUUAGCGAAGUUAUAAACAUGUCAAAUGAUAUUGAGAAAAGUGGAAAUUGGUUAUAUUUUGAUUAUAAACACAUUGGAGAAACAGUUGAUGAAAAUAUAUUCAAAUCCAUAUCAUGGAAAAAGUUUGGUUACGAAAAUUUAGGUCCAAAAGAUUCAACUUUGUGGAUUGGAAGUAUUGGUGCACAUACACCAUGUCAUCAAGACUUAUAUGGUAUUAAUUUAGUGGCUCAAGUUCAUGGAAAAAAACGUUGGAUUCUAAUGCCGCCUGAAAUGGGAAAAUAUUUGAAGCCAUCUAGAGUUCCUUAUGAAGAGUCUAGCUGUUAUAGCAAAAUUAACUUUUCAUGUCCUGACAAUGUUAAAGAUAUUGAUGAUGCUUGUAGAUGUGUGGCAGUGGUUUUAUCACCAGGCGAUGUACUAUUAGUCCCACAUAAAUGGUGGCAUUAUGUUGAAAACUUAACAACUGCUGUUAGUAUUAAUACUUGGAUACAGACUCCUAAAUAUGACAACAUGGCUCGGUUAAAUGAGUCUGUGGUUCGUUUUAUGGCGAGCAGUAUAUGUACUGGUGUGCCUAAGAAUAUUCAAUCUAGAUUACUAAAUCCGAAUGAAAUAUUUUCACCAUCCAUGAUUGUGGAGUCAAUUAAUUUUAUCGACCAAAGCAUUAAAAUGAUAAAAAACGAAGAAGAUACAGCAGAUUCGAAAGAACCAGAUUCAACUUCACUCAUGAAAUAUCAGUAUAAAACCUGUGAACCAGAACAAUGUUUGUCUAAAGUAGAGCUUGACACAAAAUAUCACAGACAUAACCAUACUUCAAGUUCUUUAAAAUCAGAUUUAAAUAAUGAUAUAAGUCAUAGAUUAUUAGAUUCGUUAUGUAAUGAAAAUGUUAUAAAUCAAAUUGUUAGUAAUUUAAUUAAAAUAGACUAAAAACUUUUAUCUAGUACAAUAAUUUGAAAAAGGAUAAAAAAAAUAAAUAAUAUUUUUAAACAACA